AUGUGCAACUACAUUCUCAACAUCGUCAAGUGCCGCCAGUGCGGCCGCACCACCAGCCAGAGCAAGGCCGACUUCGUCUACUGCCCGUCCUACCGCAACGGAAUCUCGUGCCAGGUCAUCGAACGCGGCCGCAACACGCGCCUCGUCUGCUGCUCCAACUGCCAGAACUCCUACCAACCGGCCCCGGGCGUCGGGGGCCCACUGCGCGAGGAAGACGACGGGUCCCUUUCCGGCUCGGAGAACGAGACGCGGCUCUGA